GGUGAAAGGAGUCCUGGCCUGGGGGGUGUUCUCUGAGGUUUUCCUCGCCAUCCUCAUUAGCCACCUGAGGUGGGGCUGAGGACUGAAGUAGGACAGAAGGUCUCUGGUAGCUAAAGGAGGGGAAAAUCAGGGGGAUCCCCCACUUUCUUCACACCCAAAACGCAGGGUGCCACUGCCGGCCACAGAAACCCCAAGAAUGCUUUUCUUUGGCUAUUCAGAGGACAUCCCUUGUGUGCCAGGCCCUGUGCUGAGCUGUUGUUGCCUGACAGCAGGAAGAGCACGGCUCUGGCUUCUAUGAAGAGGCUGCGGGUCAGCCCCCGACUACAAGAGCCUCGGCCCACCCCGGGAACUCAGUGAACGUCAGCGGGAAGGAACUGGGGCAAGAGCACUGUCUGUGAGACAGCAGCCUCGGCUCACUAUUUGAAGGCGGGGUGGCGGGGGGCUUGAAGAAGAGAGAAGUACGAGGAAACUCUUCAGGAGUCACCAAGGUGGGAAGGUGCUACAGGGCGAAGCGCCGAGCGGCAGCCCCCACCCCACUCGCCCGGAGUCAACAUGGCCGCCGCGGAGGGAGGCGGGGCAGCUCCAAGUCCGGGCAGGAGCGGGGCGGGGAAGCCGUCGGCGGAGCCAGCGCGCAGGCGCGGGCCGCGUGGGCCCCGGAUGGAGAAGCUGAGCAAAGUGUGGGCUACACACAUCUGUAGUCGCUGAGGCUAGAGCUUGACUCGAGAGAGGAAAGGAAGAAUGCAAGCAUGGUCAAGUGGCAGAGAGGCCUGAGGGAGCUUAAUCCUGGUAGCAACACCCCUGAAUUCCUGGUGGUGAGAGGAUGUGGCCCCAGGACCCAUCCCGGAAGGAGGUGCUGAGGUUUGCAGUCAGCUGCCGUAUCCUGACUCUGAUGCUGCAGGCCCUCUUCAAUGCCAUCAUCCCAGAUCACCACGCAGAAGCCUUCUCUCCUCCUCGCCUGGCCCCCUCAGGCUUUGUGGACCAACUUGUGGACGGUCUUCUGGGUGGCCUGUCUCGCUGGGAUGCUGAACACUUCUUGUUCAUUGCUGAGCAUGGCUACCUGUAUGAGCACAACUUCGCCUUCUUUCCUGGUUUCCCCUUGGCCCUGAUGGUGGGGACCGAACUGUUGCGACCCUUACGGGGGUUACUGAGUCUGCGCAGUUGCCUGCUGAUUUCAGUAGCAUCACUCAAUUUCUUGUUCUUCAUAUUGGCUGCAGUUGCACUUCAUGACCUGGGUUGUCUGGUUUUGCACUGUCCCCGCCAGGCCUUUUAUGCAGCUCUGCUCUUCUGUCUCAGCCCUGCCAAUGUCUUCCUGGCAGCUGGUUACUCAGAAGCUUUGUUUGCCCUCCUGACAUUCAGUGCCAUGGGGCAGCUGGAGAGGGGCCGAGUCUGGACUAGUGGACUCCUCUUUGCCAUUGCCACUGGGGUACGCUCCAACGGGCUGGUCAGUGUUGGCUUCCUCAUGCAUUCUCAGUGCCAAGGCUUUUUCUCUUCUCUUACGAUGCUGAAUCCCCAGAGACAGCUCUUUAAGCUGAUGGCCUCUCUGUUUCUGUCGGUGUUCACACUUGGCCUUCCCUUUGCCCUCUUUCAGUAUUAUGCCUACACCCAAUUCUGUCUGCCAGGCUCAGCCCGCCCCAUUCCUGAGCCCUUGGUACAGUUAGCUGUAGACAAGGGCUACCGGAUUGCAGAGGGAAAUGAACCGCCUUGGUGCUUCUGGGAUGUUCCACUAAUAUACAGCUAUAUCCAGGAUGUCUACUGGAAUGUUGGCUUUUUGAAAUACUACGAGCUCAGGCAGGUGCCCAAUUUUCUACUGGCUGCACCAGUGGCUAUACUGGUUGUCUGGGCAACUUGGACAUACGUGACCACCCACCCUUGGCUCUGCCUUACACUUGGGCUGCAAAGGAGCAAGAACAAUAAGACCCUAGAGAAGCCCGAUGUUGGAUUCCUCAGUCCUCAGGUGUUUGUGUACCUGGUCCACGCUGCAGUGCUGCUGCUGUUUGGAGGUCUGUGCAUGCAUGUUCAGGUUCUCACCAGGUUUUUGGGCUCCUCCACUCCUAUUGUGUACUGGUUUCCAGCUCACUUGCUUCAGGAUCAAGAACCGCUGUUGAGAUCCUUGAAGACUGUGCCUUGGAAGCCUCUUGCAGAGGACUCCCCACCAGGACAGAAGGUCCCCAGAAAUCCUAUCAUGGGACUUUUGUAUCGCUGGAAAACCUGUUCUCCAGUCACACGAUACAUUCUAGGCUACUUCCUGACUUACUGGCUCCUGGGACUACUCCUACAUUGCAACUUCCUGCCUUGGACAUGACCUGGAUUCUCCAGGGACAGGCUGGAAGCCGACUUAACCCAGGGGUCUGAAAGUAAAAAUACACAUUGGAACUGCCUGUGCUGCCCUGGGAUCAUUACUGUGUCCAUUAUAAUCUUUCUCUUUCUCCUUGAAAGUUGGUCAGGAAUGGGAGAAGUGUCAGCCACUGGAGAGCCCCUUCCGGUCCUGGCGAGGGCAAAUUUUAGAUAACUAUUUUCUCUGUAAGUGAAGAUUGUCUUAUUCCAAGUUUAAAGUACACCUGGAUCUAUCUAGUCAAUUAACGUAGCAGAGGCAGUCUUAAACCUACCAUUGACCUGGGUGUAAAUUUAAAUGUCAAUUUAUUGAAGUGUAAAUUUCAUCAAAGGCAUUAGCUGACAGGCUGGUAACAGUCCACACAAGAUGGUACAGGCCUGAACAGAGUAGUGGGAGUAGUAAAGUGGGACCAUUUUUUCCAAAUGGGACAUUGUUUCCUAUGAAUUUUUUUAUGAUUUGUGCAUUUAUUUUUAUUUAUAUGGAAAAAAUCUUACAAAGAUAUGCAAAUUAAACUUCUUUCAGUAAUACAUGCA